AUGGAUCGGAUCAGAGAGGAAAACUACGUUGUGACAACACGGCUUGCGCAACAUCUCAACGUGGCGUGUGUGAUUGCGGUUCCCCUCGUUUACGACGGGGACUUUAUGACCUUUGCAUUCAUGAUGUUUGCUAACAGCCUCCUAUAUUCCAUGCACUGGUUGGUUUCCGCUGGACGAAUUCAUGUGUCAGUGGCACGUCUCAGGUGUUCCUAUGCUCUCCUGUACACAGUAAUGGCUGUGGCGCACUGGAUGGGUCCGCAGUCAUACGACGCCCACUCAUCGGCCCAUAUGAAGUGCUUGGCGGCUGCGCAGUUGGUCUCAAUCCUUGUUUUUGCGGACAGCCGAACCCAUAUAGUUGGUCAACUCGUAUUGGCUCUCACGGAGGUGUGUCGUCACAUUGUGAACCGUGGUUGGGAGCGAGCGGAAUUGACUGCGACCAUCCAUGCGCAGCUUGUGUUCUCUGGGCUACUCAUCAUCGCCGCCGUCGUAUUUGAACUUAUUCUCCGUGGGCGCGUAGCCGCACAGUUUCAACAUGCAGAUGCUGAGGCGUUGGUCUCAAGCUUCCGUACACUGCUGGGAGGCAUUAGCGAUGCAGAGUUGCUGCUGAAUGACGAACUCAAGAUUGAAGCGAGCACGGGUUUGAGUCGCAUCCUGCUGUCAGGGAAUGUGUGGGAGGGUGCCGCCUUUAAGGACUUGCUGUCCCAGAACAGCGAGGAGCAGCUGCGUUUCCAAGCUUUCAUGUCAAGGGGGGGGCAUGACAGUCAGCCGACGUCUCCUGCAACGGCGCCAUGCCUCCGCGUGUCUCUGUGCACUGCUCAGCAGCAGCGGGUUGGCGUGGACCUGUACCAUGUGCAAGUGCCGCACUUGUAUGGCUGCGUGGAUGCGUAUCAUCUUCUUGCCCUCAAGAUGGAUCUGGAAUCCUCGGCAUUGCCGGAGGCAGUGCCGGCGGAGAUUCCUUCCGUUGCGGCGAGGACAUCCACUGGCUAUAGUCUUCGCUCCGGAGCCUCCUCACGGGCAUCUAGUGUGACAGAAGGAUCUCUGCUACCGGGUUUGCCACACUUGAAAGAGCUCAUGCUGGUGGUGGAUCCCCAUGAGAGCCACGAAGUGCUGCAAGUACACAUGCAGUACAAGGAGGGUCGACGUCGACAAGACAGCACGCCAGAGGUCACAUUGCGGCAUUUCGUGCGGCCUACGGAAUGGCACACGAUCAGCUCACAAGUUCGGCAGUUCGCCAGACAGGGGAGGUCGGGGAACACGGAGAUGGACGACCUGGGAAAGUUGUGGGUUAGGAUGAUCGACAAUUCCGGCAAGUACAUGCAGGCCCGUGAUGCCAAGAUGAGCUUCAAGGACAGAGGAGCCGGAGGACAUGUUUGGAUACAUCUGCGACAGUUCCGAAGUUGCGAGCAGAGAAGCGUCGGUGGGCCAAGUGAGCUGGCGGACGUCAAGGAGCACACCGAGGAAUGCUCGGAGUGA